CAUGUGACCUGUCCGCUCAUGUGACAUAUCAAAAGGUGUGUGUGCAGUUUCUCUCUCUGAAAACACCGGUUUACAACGUGUUUUGCAACUAGCAUAGCGAUUAGGAGAACUAGCUAGACUUCAAUCGUAUUCGAGGAAAGCGAAAUCUGGGCCACCUCUAUGGAUUAUGCCACAAUCAGAUUAUACAACAAACGGGGCGGGGAGUAUCCGAGCAGCUGCUAAAAUGAAAGUAAACUGUAUUCUCAUCGUGGUGGCUGAAUUUAAAUUCGUAUGAAACAAAUUUUAACGAUAACAGUUGAUUUACAUAAACUUGCUCACUAGAACGUUUCGCUUUCGAGUGCACCCUCUGAUUUACAAUCUAAAGAUCGUCAACCAUGGACAAAGAAGAAGAGGAACAAGAUGGUGACUUGUCUUCGAGAGAGAAUAACAAGCAAAGAUCUGCAUCACCUGUAGCCAGCAGUGUUUCAGUGAAGAGUAACUGGUCUUUAGAUCAUCCUCUGAACUUCAGAGAUAAAGAAAUGGCAUCUGACCAGAAGUCAGAUAGAUCAAGAUCAGUUUCUCCAGUGCACAGCCACCUGACUUUAAAAAGUGACUGGUCUUUAGAUCAUCCACUGAACUUCACAAAUGAAAAAAUGCAACCUAAUGACAGAAAAAGGCAAAGAUCUGCAUCACCAGUAGCCAGCAGUGUUUCAGUGAAGAGUAACUGGUCUUUAGAUCAUCCUCUGAACUUCAGAAAUGAAAAAUUGCAAAACACUGAAAGUGAAAGCCGAAGAUCUGUAUCACCAGGACCCAGCAGUGUAUCAGUGAAGAGUAACUGGUCUUUAGAUCAUCCUCUGAACUUCAGAGAUAAAGGAAUUGCAUCUGACCAGAAAUCUGCAUCACCAGGACCCAGUAGUGUUUCAGUGAAGAGUGACUGGUCUUUAGAUCAUCCGCUGAACUUCAGAAAUGAAAAAACACAAGCUACUGACAGUAAAAGGCAAAGAUCUGCAUCACCAGUAGCCAGCAGUGUUUCAGUGAAGAGUAACUGGUCUUUAGAUCAUCCUCUGAACUUCAGAAAUGAAAAAAUGCAACACACUGACGGUAAGAGGCAAAGUGCAUCACCAGUUGCCAGCAGUGUUUCAGUAAAGAGUGACUGGUCUUUAGAUCAUCCGCUGAACUUCAAAGAUAAAGAAAUUUCAUCUGAACACAAUAAAAGGCAAAGAUCUGCACCACCAGUAGGGAGCAGUGUUUCAGUGAACAGUAACUGGUCUUUAGAUCAUUCACUGAACUUCAAAGAUAGCAAGAUGCAACCUGGACACGGCUAUGGAUCAAAACCAGGUGGUUCCAGCAUCCAUGAGAAAUUCAGACUGAACUUGAACGAAAAGUUUCAGUGUUUGUGUGAGGGAAUAGCAAAACAGGGAAACCCAACACUCCUCAAUGAGAUCUACACUGAGCUCUACAUCACAGAAGGUGGAAGUGGAGAGAUCAAUAAUGAGCACGAGGUGAGACAGAUCGAGACGGUGUUUAGGAAAAGAUUCAAGGAAGAUACACCCAUCAACUGCAACAACAUCUUCAUACCUUUACUCGAACAAGACAAACCCAUCAGAACUGUGCUGACAAAAGGAGUCGCUGGCAUUGGAAAAACAGUCUCUGUGCAGAAGUUCAUUCUGGAUUGGGCUGAGGAGAAAGCGAAUCGAGAUAUACACCUCAUAUUUCCACUGCCUUUCAGAGAGCUCAAUCUGAUGAAGGACCAAAAAGUUAGUCUCAAAGACAUUCUUCAUAUUUUCCUCCCAGAAUCAAAAGAAUUGGACAUAAGCGGUGAUAAAUAUAAAGUGUUGUUCAUCUUUGAUGGUUUGGAUGAGUGUCGUCUGUCUCUGGAUUUUCACAGCAGCGUGAGGUUGCGUGAUGUCAAUGAAUCGGCCUCAGUGGGCGUGAUGCUGACAAACCUCAUCGCGGGGAAUCUGCUUCCCUCCGCUCUCAUCUGGAUCACCUCCAGACCGGCAGCAGCUGAUCUCAUCCCCUCUGAGUGUGUCCAUCGAGUCACAGAGGUACGAGGCUUCACUGACCCACAGAAGGAGGUAUACUUCAGAAAGAGAAUCAAGGAUGGGAGUCUGGCAAACAAAAUCAUCUCGCAUCUAAAGUCAUCGAGGAGUCUGUACAUCAUGUGUCACAUCCCAGUGUUCUGCUGGAUUUCUGCCACUGUUCUCGAGAGAAUGUUGAGUGAAGCUGAGAGUGAUGAAGAGAUCCCCACGACUCUAACUCAAAUGUACACACACUUCCUGAUCAUUCAGACGAAUAUUACAAAUCAGAAAGACUACGAGAAGAAAUUGAAAGAUGAAGACAUGAUUCUUAAACUGGGUAAACUUGCUUUUGAGCAGCUUGAGAAAGGGAAUUUGAUCUUCUAUGAAGAAGAUCUGACGGAGUGUGGCAUUGAUGUGACGGAAGCGUCAGUGUACUCAGGAGUGUGUACUCAGAUCUUCAGAGAAGAAUUCGGGCUUUACCAGGGAACAGUAUACUGCUUUGUUCACUUGAGCAUUCAGGAACAUCUCGCAGCUUUAUAUGUGUACCUCACCUUCCUGAAUAACAACACAAACAUGUUAGUUUCAAAACAACCCAUGUCCUCUCAUGGCUCAAUUUCUGACCUUCUUAAGGAUGCUGUGGAUAAAGCUUUACAAAGUGAAAAAGGACAUCUCGACCUUUUCCUCCGCUUCCUGCUAGGUCUUUCGCUGGAGACCAACCGUAGACUUUUGCACAGCCUGAUGAAACACACAAGAGGCAGCUCUGACAGUAAACCUAAAACAGUUGAAUACAUCAAGAAAAAAGUGAUGGAAAAUCCCACUCCUGAGAAAUCGAUUAAUCUCUUCCACUGUCUGAAUGAAUUGGAUGACCAUUCUUUGGUGGAGGAUAUCCAGCAAUUUCUGAAGUCGGGAAACAUACGAGAACCGAAACUCUCCCCUUCUCAGUGGUCAGCAGUGGCUUUCGUAUUGCUGACCUCAGAACGAGAGCUGGAUGUUUUUGACCUGAGUGAAUAUGAUGCUGGUACACACAGCACAUCAGAGGAAGUUCUGCUGAGGCUUGUGCCUGUAAUUGAAGCAUCCACAAAAGCUUUGUUUUAUUAUUGUCAGCUGACAGAAAAGAGCUGUGAACGUCUGGGAUCUGCUUUAGGUUCAAAGUCCUCAAAUCUUAGAGAGUUGAACCUGAAUGGAAAUAAUAUAGGGGAUUCCGGAGUAAACCUGCUGUCUGCUGGAUUGAAGAGUCCUCAUUGUAAACUGGAGACGCUUAGGCUUGGGAAUUGUCAGCUUACAAGUAAAUGUUGUGCAGCCCUGGCCUCAGCUCUCAGCUCAAAAUCAUCAUGUUUGAGAGAGCUGAACCUGAGUUUUAAUGGGCUUCUAGACUCAGGAGGGAAGCAGCUUUCUGUUGGAUUGGGGAAUCCUAACUGCAAACUGGAGAUAUUGAGGCUCUGGAGAUGUGGCCUGACAGAUGAGGGUUGUGCUGAUCUAGCUUCAGCUCUGAGAUCAAACCCAUCACACCUGAAAAAUCUACAGCUUGACAGGAAUAAACUAAGAGACUCUGGAGUGAAGAUGCUCUCAGGUCUACUCAAGGAUCCUCAAAAUAAGCUGGACACGCUGAGUCUGAUUGGCUGUGAUGUCACUCAUGAAGGCUGCGCUGCUUUGGCUUCAACACUCAAAUUAAGUGCAUCUCACCUUAAAGUGUUGGACCUGUAUGGUAAUUCAAUAGGAGACUCGGGAGUGAGACAACUCACUACUGGACUGGAAAAUCCUCACUGUAAUCUAGAGACUUUGAGGCUUAUGUAUUGUGCUAUGACCGACGUCAGCUGUACAGCUCUGGCGUCAGUUCUGAAAUCACUUGCUUCACAUUUGAGAGAGUUGAAUCUGUCUGGAAAUAAUCUUGGAGAUUUAGGAAUGAAGCUGGUUUCUGUUGGACUGGAGAAUUCUCACUGUAAAGUAGAGAUACUUAAGCUGGAUGAUUGUGGUAUCACAGAUGAAGGUUGUGCUGCUUUGGCUUCAGUUCUAAGGUCAAACCCUUCACACCUGAGAGAACUAAAUCUUGACAGGAAUGAACUGGGUGACAAAGGGUUGAAGUUUCUUUCUGCUGCGCUGGGGUAUCCUCACUGCAAACUCGAAAUAUUGAAGUAAGUCAAUCACCACAUUCU